CGCAGAAAGGCUGCUAUGUUUGGAAAGCGCUCCAACUGCAUGCGUAGGAAUCCCAAAGCAGAGGUUUCUAAACAGGGAUGGCUAUACAAGCAGGCCAAUAGUGGAGUAAAGCAAUGGAACAAGCGCUGGUUCGUCCUGACUGAACGAUGUCUAUUCUACUACAAAGAUGAGAGGGAGGAGUCUGUUUUAGGGAGAUUACUGCUGCUCAGUUUCCGGAUAAGUCGAGUGGAGCCUGCAGAUAACAUCACCCGCAAGUUUGCCUUUAAGGUGUGGCUGGAGGAGUAUGAAAAAGAGGAGCUGAAGAAUCCUAUUGUGUUUUGCAUGCAGGCAGAGCAAGCUGGGACCAGAACGUACUACUUCAGCACAGACAGCCAUGAGGACCAGGAGAAAUGGAUCACAGCUAUGAGUGAGGCUGCAGGAGUCAUCGUUCAGCCAACGCAGAGGACAAACUACACAGACACCACAGGUGAUCUCAUCCAAACUAUGGUGACCAAGGCACCUGACCCUCAUCAGCAUCCCCAACCUCAAACACACAAUGAAAGUGAGACCGACCUGCCCACCCACCCUUACAGCCUUCAAACACUAUUGCUUUCCCCUCACCACUCAGAUCAACAGGGGAAAAAAAUUGACAGAGGAGAGGGUAGUGGAGGUGUAGAUAAUGGAGGAGAACCUGGCUCUGAUCAUGCACCUCGCCUAAUUCAUCAUCCAAAUGGUUGGGGCAGCUUUUGCCCAGCCAAUUUUAUGUCCCACACCGGCAAUAUCAAACAUCAUCUAUCCAGGAGGAAUAGUGGACACCGUGCCUCUCAUGGACAUUCAGAGAGCGUUGUCGGUCAAAUGCAGGACCCCAGGGAGCAGCAAGGGAAUGUUGUGUUGAGGAGAGGCUUUGUGCCCAGGACAGUUCCAGAGAUGGUGGCCCAGAGGAAAAGCUCCAUGACUCAGCUGCAGGAGUGGGUCAACCAGAGGCAGGGCAUGGUUUCUCAGGAAGACAUCAACAGCCAAUCUCAGUACUACCCAGUUAAUCGGAUGGUCUCUGCUGACUACUGUGGCUAUCCUGGUGGUCCCCAGUAUAUGGAGGAGUUCCCUAUAUACCCAUCAGGUGUCCGGCCUGACAGCAUCUGCUCCGUCUCUGCUGUGGGGGGAUAUGAUAGAGGCUGGACUGUGGAGCAGCGUCGCCAACUGAGGGAUGGACCUCAUCAGCUGUAUGCACACCUAAUGCCCAGGGACCCAUGGGGGGCACAGUACUAUAGGGGAAUGGAAACAUCCAUGAGGCGACUGUCCAUCCAGCCACGCUCCAGGUCUAUGCCUAGGUCAUCUUCUUCCUCGUCAGGGGGGCCCUACUCACCGGUGCCUCCAAACUUUGCCUCACCAGCUCAAUCAUUAUCAGACCGUUUUUCAGGGAAGGUGAGGGAUGAUGUGAUCUAUGCUGAUCCAUCAAUUUACAGCCUGAGAAGAUCUCUCAGCUCACCAAAGUAUGACUACUCUGGCGAAGGGAGGUCCUUAAGCAAAGGAUUAUACCAUCAUAACUACCCUGUAUCCCCUUCCAUCCACAAUAAAGUGGUGCCUCUUUUCCAUGAUGUCUACAGCAGAGAAUUACAUCCCACACUGAAGCUCAAUGAGAUUGAAACCAGUAAACUCUUGGGUCGACUGUGUGAGCAGAAUCGAAUAUUGAAAGACCAUAAGGCUGUGGUCCACAGACUGAGAAUGAACAAGGACAGCCUAGAAGAAGUGCUGGUUGCAAGUCAUCAGGAGAUGGAGCUGUACAAUAACCAGCCUUCGGCGAUGGAAAAGCUACAGUUCAAAAAAGAAACCCUGCAGAGCCAGCUCAUCAACAUUAGAGGGGAGCUCUCCCAGGCCUCCAGUGCUCUAACCACCACUCGCAUGGAGUUUGAAGCAUUAGAGGAUGAGGCCAACGCUAUCCAUGGAGAUCUAUGGGAGCAGCUUAAUGCAGGAGGACAGAGUGAACUUGUGCGGAGGCACAUCCAAAAAGAGUUUUGGAGAGUCCAGGAUGUUUUGGAAGGACUGCACAAGAAUAACCUAUCCAGAGGUACUGACACAGCCAAGCACAGAGUGGCCGGCGGUGCAUCAAGCUCCUUUAGAACUAAUAGUCCAGCAAGUCCCCUGAGCUCAAUAAGCCUCACCAGCCCACUCAGCCCCUUCUCCUCAGUGCCUGGCUCCCACGUCUCCCCCAACAGACAGCUGGGCCCGGAGGAAAGUAUUCCCCCAAGGCCUCCUCUCCCCAAGGCCUAUUAUCCUUUGGACCCAUCCCCUACCCAUCCACCCUCCAUCCCCCCUUUGCCCUUUGACAGCACUGCCUGGCUACACAGCUUCUGCCGUGAUGAUGGUUACCUUGAUGGUGAAGAUUCUUACAUCAGAAAGCUCCAGGUCGGUGAACAGAACACUCUCACUGAUAUGCAGGACCUGUUCCAGGAGAGGCAAUACAUCAUCAAUAAAGUUGGCAUUUUUCCUCGUAGAACCAAGGCCCCCACUGGCGAAUUACAAAGCAGCUCUACUGAAGUGUCUCAGCAUUUUGGCAGGGUGCGGAAUGGAAUCUCUAGGGAACGUCCAAAGAGUGCUGUGUUUCCUGCAGAGAUGAAGUCAAAGAUGAGCAUAGAAGAGCAGUAUGAGCGAAUCCGCCGCAACCAGAGCAGCUCUGUAAGGGAGAAGAGGCGGAGCCUAAACCUUUCAGGGGGCCAGUCUUCAGCCAGCUACAAAGUGGUGCGGAGGCGGUUGACUGCUCUUGAGAUCGACAUUAAAGAAAUGGAAACAGCAGUUCGAGGCCAGGGCCAAGAGUCACCACGGGAAGAAAUUACUCGGCUGAGACGGUUACAGAUGGAACCACAACACUACGAUCUGGACGUUAGCGGGGAGCUGGUCGCUUCCAACAAGGUUCUGAUUCCAGAGCGCUACCAUGAUGAGGAGGAUACCACUCCUCUGAGUCCUGAGGAACAGAAGGAGAAGCAGAAGAAACUAGAGCGGAUCAAGACGCUCAUUGCCAAAUCAAAUUUGCAGAACCUAGUUCCUCUUCUGAAUGGCCCAGUGGAAGGUGGUGCUCUGGUCAGCUCCCAGCAACAGUUGCAAGAGCAAGAGAAGCGAAUUGAGAUCUCCUGCGCUCUGGCUGCUGAGGCCUCUCGUCGUAGCCGGAUUCUCUCUGCCAAGAUCGCCCAGAGUCCCCCAACUUCCCCAACCAACCUGGCCCCUUCUGACUUCCCCAACUCUGCCCACAUCAUGAAGGUGUGAGUCUUACAAGCUCAAACCUUGCUUUUAUAUUUGAUGGAGCAUCUUUCUGAGGAUUCACUGGACAACGGGAAACAUGGAGAUGGACACAGAAAAUAAUUUUUAGCACUUAACUUAUACUUAAAACAAACGUGAAAGGAACUUUUUAGGAGGCAAGAGCACAUUUAAAACCCAAAUUUAAGCCAUAAAGACUCCCUGCCCCAAAUUCAUCCAACUCAAAACACCUACAUACUGUGUGUGUAUACAGUUGUACAAAAUAAGGCAGAAGAUCCCUUACCAUCUUCAAGUUCUGUAAUAUUUCUGUGUACAGGAUAUGUAGGAUAUUAUAUAAAGGUUAUAAUGACACUUUAACAUCAGACCGAAACAAGAUGCCUCUUAUAAUUUGUGAAAAUCUCUUGUUGCAAACUCACUGUGAUGACUGUUUGAGCUAGACCUCAUGUAACAUGGAUUGCAUGAGCACCCAUCUUUCACUCUGAGCAUGACAGAAAACAGAAUUUGUUGCCAGGCAGAGCUAAAGAUAAACAACAUUAAAUAACCAUGAUCCAUCUUAAAAUGCUGCUAACAAUAACACAUUGUCUUAAAUCAGAAUCAGAAAAUGACACAUUAAAUAACAACAUUGAUUUUCAUAACUUGUAUCCUCUACCUCUUUAAUAUUUGCUGUCAUCACUGAGAUUUUAUUUACACAAGUACGGAUGGGUAUAUACUGAUAUACUUCUAAUUAAAAAUGUAAUUCUUUAAUUAGUUUUGCAAUUACUACAUUAAGUGUUUGAGUAUGAAUUUAAGGGCCAUUUGUCAUGCUUUUAGGCCCAUGUAGUCUGCAUUUGGAACAGCAGACUGUAUUGAUGUUGAUUGUCCAAGUAAGGUAAAGCUCCUAAAAUCUAGAUAGGGGUUCUGCAGUAAGUAUAAUUUUAACUAUACACUUUCCCACAUUUCACACGGCUUUAAAGACUCCUUCUGCUCUUAGUACAGAAUUGUCAUUAGUCAUAGACCAAUAUUAGGAUAUUCGGGUGCCAAACUUUUGUUUUUACUCAAGCCUUGCAUCAUAUUGACUUCACUCUCUGGUGAAUGUGUAUAAAUAUGCAAAUUUUGUCUCAAACUAAGACAGACACAUUUUAAAUGUCUGAGCAUGCUGUCUGUUUAGUUCAGUUCUGUCUGAUGUGUUCAUACCAGUUUUGUGAGACAGCAAAUGUCAUAAGGCCAGCAUUAUGAUAAAGAGCACAACACCAGCAGUUGAUUAUAUACAGUAUUUACCUGUAUUAUAUGUAUGCCGACCUUUACAAUAGUUGAAAGUUACACAAUCUCGUCUCUGAGAUAUAAGGAAAGCAAUGUCAUGUGUCAGAGAAAACAACAACAAGCCUAAAAGGAGAAGGGUUGGGUGUUGUUUGAAUUUUAUCAAUUCUUUGUAAAAAAAAAAUUAAGUCUGAAAAGCAGCAACAAUGGUAACAUUUGAGAACAAAAGUACAUUCAGUGCAUAACACCUAAUUGCUGUCUCGCGGCUCACUGUCCUGGAGGUACUUGCAAGGUGCUUGCACUGGUUGAGCAGGCUGACACUCAUACUCUGAGACCGCAAACACUGUACAUUUCUCUAAAUGAAUGUUAUGCUGCCUUUUAUGUGUAAAAAUUUGAGGUGCAACCCGACUUACAGCUAAUAAACAUCCUGCAUGUACUGCACUUCCCUCAUAAUAAUUUUCUCCAUCUUUUCUCAAUCAUGCGUCCUAACUCUGCCACAGACAUUCUCCUUUCUACUCUGUCCUCCUCUCUUGACUCUCUCUGACCUCUUACGUCACGACAGGUCAGCAAGUCCUGCCCAGCUCUGUGGUUUUCUGACUCGGUGCGUGCCGACAGAGCCACUAUGCGAGCAUCAGAAAGGAAAUAGCGCCUUGACGACCUGCUCGCUUGUCAGUCUCUUCUCUCCUCUUCUUCUGCCUCUAUUUCCACAGCCAAAAGCACUUUUUCUCAAUUUCAAACCCCAAAAAACUCUACUCUAUCUUUUCAAACCUCCUCGACCCCCCUCCUAAGCCACUUUGUCAACUACUUUACAAAAAAGAUAGAUGACAUACGCUCUUCAUUUUCGGAUCCUCCUUCUAUAACCACAGUUCCAUCAACUUUAUCUUCAUCACAUCCACUUUCUUCUUUCACCCCUCUGUCUCUCAUCAAAUUCUGACCUUCUUAACCUCCGCCCGCCCGACCACCUGCCCCCUUGACCCCAUCCCUUCUCACAUUCUCCAGUCUAUUGCUCCUGACCUUCUUCCUUUUCUUACCCAUCUUAUCAACACUUCCCUCUCAACUGGCUGUUUGCCUAAUUCUCUGAAGGAGGACAGAGUAAAUCCCCUCCUGAAGAAACCCACCCUCGACCCAUCUGAAGUAAGUUACUACAGACAUGUCUGUCUUCUUCCCUUUGUUUCCAACACUCUUGAGCGUGUUAUCUUUAAUCAACACUCCUCCUAUCAUAACCACAAUAAUCUUCUUGACCCUCACCAUUCUGGUUUCAAGGCAGGUCACUCGACUGAGACUGCUCUCCCUGCUGUCUCUGAGCAGCUUCACACUGCUAGAGCAGCGUCUCUCUCCUCUGUCCUCAUCUUCUAGACCUCUCUGCUGCAUUUGACACAGUGAACCACCAGAUCCUUAUUUCCUCCCUUCAGGACCUGGGUGUCUCAGGCUCUGCUCUCUCCCUGCUCUCUUCCUACCCUAAAUGAACGCACUUAUUGGGUAACUCGGACAGGAUCUGUGUCUGAACCUUGUCCUCUCACUACUGGGGUCCCUCAUGGUUCUGUCCUGUCUUCUCUUGUACACCAACUCUCUCGGCUCUGUCAUUCACUCAAAUGGCUUUUUUUACCAUAGCUAUGCUGAUGACACCCAACUAAUCCUGACUUUUCCCUUAUCGGAAACACAGGUAGCAGCACGACUCUAUGCCUGUCUGACUGACAUCUCACAGUGGAUAUCUGCACACCACCUGAAGAUGAACCUUGACAAGACUGAACUACUUUUCCUUCCAGGGAAAGACUCUCCAACCCACAACCUGACUAAUAACUUUGACAACUCUGUGUUAACCCACACUCAGACUGCUAGGAACCUGGGUGUGACACUCAAUAGCCAACUCUCCCUUACUCCCAACAUUAUUGCAACAACACAGUCCUGUAGAUUCAUGCUGUACAACAUCAGGCGAAUACGCCCCCUUCUCACUCAGAAGGCGGUGUAGGUUCUGAUCCAGGCUCUGGUCAUCUCACGCCUAAACUACUGUAACUCCCUCCUGGCAGGUCUACCUGCUACUGCCAUCCGACCUUUGCAGCUCAUCUAGAAUGCAGCAGCUCGACUGGUUUUUAACCAACCUAAAUUCACUCACACUUCUCCGCUCCUCUGCUCCCUUCACUGGCUACCAGUGGCUGCCCGCAUCCGGUUCAAAACACCAGUUCUUGCGUACUAUGCUGUGAACGGAUCAGGUCCAGUCUACAUCCAGGACAUGGUCAAACGUUACACCCCAGCACGUUCAUUCCGCUCUGCUUCGGCUAAUCGGCUCGUUGCUCCUUCACUACAAGCUAAACACUCAUCAAAAUCACAACUGUUUGCUGUCUUGGCUCCUAAAUGGUGGAAUGAGCUCCCCAUCGACAUCCGUACAUCAGAAAGUUUACACAUCUUCCACCGAAAUCUAAAAACACACCUCUUCCAACUAUACCUUGAAUAAAAAAAAUUAAAAAAAUACUAACAACUUUUUGAAACUAACACUUUAGUAGCACUUAGAUGGCACUUACUUAUAUCACUUUGUAGUUUUGCUUUAUUUUGAAGAUUGUAGAUUCUUGUUUCUAAUCGACCUGGGUCUGUAUCCUCAGGGUUGAAUGCACUUAUUGUAAGUUGCUUUGGAUAAAAGCGUCAGCUAACUGAAAUGUAAUGUAAAGUAUAGCCUGACUUUUGACUAUUUACUGUGGUCCAUCUUUCACACUGUUGCUCAGACGUUUAUCAUGCAUGCUAAUUUUAACUGGUAUCAAACAGAGGCACUGUUACGUUGAUGUGUGACUUAGACAGACAGGCCUAUACAUAAUUUCAAACCUAGUUUCAGUUCCCAACCCUAGAAAGAAAAGACAGGUCAAGUUUCAACAUAUGCUGUUGAAAUACAUUGGAAGAGGGAUUCUCUAACCAAUUAACAAAUAUAGUAAUUAGACAAUGAAGAUUUUAGCACAGUUUACGAGUAGAAAAUAAGACAAGAAUCUUACAUCUCUGAACUGUUUUGGCAGAGAAUGUUGGGGCUGGACAUAAUGCUCUCAUCCAGAACAGUUGCAUAUGAAUGGAGUGCAUUGAAGAUAAAUUUGCAUCCUGAAAUGAUACAAUCGCCUCUCCUCCCAACACAGUGGCGAUUUUAGCCUGAAAUUUCUGGUGGGGCAAUUUUGUAUGACGUCAUGUCACCUUCACAAAAAUAGAGGUAGCUGAUUAUUAUAAGCAGUAGGCCUAUAUAGAACAGUAAGACAUACUAUGGGCUGCAUUUUGAGUGCCAGCAGGGAUCAGAAAUCCUAUUUCAAAUACAUUUUACAUGCUUUGGCGCUCAGUGCGACACAAAACUGUUAUUAUACAGCAAAAAAGUAAAGUAAAAUUAUUGUAACAAAGUAAAAAGAUUAGACAGACACAUAGCUUCACAUCAACGUCAACAUCAAUACUCUGAAUAAAGAUCUUUAGGAGAUGUAAUACUACUUUAAACAGCUGCUCUUAAAAUGCAGAUGUAACUUUAAAUACUCACGUUUCAGUUGAUCACAGUAAAUCUCAUCCUCAUAAACUCUAUUGCCUUUCCUCGCUGGCUGGAACGGCGCAUUUCGGUUCAUGUCAGUUCAUGUCGGGUCAAUAACUCCGUACGGUCCCAUUAGCAUCGCCUGCAGGCUAGCGGAGCUUAACUAACAAGCCAUGUACAGGUACCUGCUCAUCACUACUUACACGAUACUAAAGUUGACUUACCGCAGAAACGGGAGCGCAGACGUCUCUAGCUUCUCUGUCGGGAAAACAAACCGAAGAUCAAACCGUAUUAUUCAUCCGAUCUGUGAGUGAAACCUCUCCACAGACUGACGGGGGAUAGCCUGUUAGCUCCAGUGAAGCCGAGCCGACAACAGGCUGGGGGCUGAAGUCGCGUUUCGCAUUAUUCGAGUCAAGUUGCUAGGCAGAUUUCGUGGGGCACAUCUGAAAGUGCCCCAUCUCCGCCCAUCUCCCAGUGUAAUUUGAGCAAUUACCCUAUAUACUGAGAAAUACUGUCAUGUAACAUAUUCUCAUAAUGGUUCAUCCUAUCAUAGAGUGCCAAAAGUCUACAGAGAGGGUUUUAUGUGUUUGUGUUUGUGAUGAAUGGACGUCUUAAUGACAAGACUAAUGCUUUGAAUGUGGAUGAAACCCAAUGAUUAAUGACUUGAGGGUUUGAAAUAAAGGAACUCUUUUAUUAUGAA